AACACUUAACAGCUUCUCCCCAAAUCAGAAGGAAGUUGAAACAUGAAACCCUAGCUUCUCCACCACCGCCUCAAGGACUGCCGCCGUCCGUCGCGCUCAGGCACUACCAUCGUCGUCUGGUCGUUCGUGCUUCUUCCUCCUUCAAGAAUCGCAGCUUCUUCCUCGAGCUCGGCGCGUCAGUCCCUGGUCUUCAUCUGCUCCGUCGCGCGCUCAGGCACCACCGUCUUUGUCUGGUCGUCGUGCUCGAAGUCCCCAACCCACCAAUUGCAGCUUCUUCCUCGAGCUCGGCGUCUUUGAGUCUGCUCUUCAUUUGCUCAGCCGCAGGUUCUUCCAACCUACCACCGUCUUCUGCGUUUUUUGUUUAUGCCCUGUUCAAUGAUUAUUUGAUUACUGAUUAUUUGAAUGUUUUUGUUUUAAUAUUUUAUUGAACGAUUAUUUGAUUACCGAUGAGCUCUGGUUCUGCUGUGUUGUGAUUUUUUAUUGAAUGAGCUCUGGUUCUGCUGUGUUGCUGUUUUGUGUCUUCUUUAUUUUUUAUUGAAUAGUUAUUUUACUGAUUAUUUAUUAUUGAAGGUCUUGUGAUAAUUGAUUAUUGAAUGUCUUUUGAUUAUUGAUUAUGAUUAGUGAUGUGCUGCUGGUUUUGCUGUGUUGUGUUUUCCUGUUUUGUGAUUUCCAAACUAGUCAUACAAAGAAACUGUUCAGCGGAUUUGUUCAUCUGCUCGAGUGAAAUUCACACAACCGCAUGCAAGUUACUACAUAAGCUUAUAAUUAUACAAAUCAUAUACUAACUAGUUCUUAAGCAUUUCUACGAAUUCUACCAGCAGCAUACAAGAAAUAAGCAUCACCAAACGCAUCGAUAGGUGACAUGCAUCUGAGUGAUAUCACCACUGUCCUAAUGGUUAUGUUUGGUGGCUGGAAAGUUUGCCUAUGCUUUGUAUGUUGCAGCAGUGAAAGCUAAGUCGCUGCUCUUCUCUUCUGCCGCCAGUCUGCUCCGCCUCCUCGUCGCCAGUUUGCUACCUUAUGCUUCUGGUUCUUCUGCAGGAAUUUGGUAUUGCAUUUCGAGGUUGAAGCAGUAUAUCCGAACGAGUAAAGAGAUUUCUUGAAUUCCAAUGGCAGCUUCGGCAAAACCUCAAACAAUUCACAAUUGCACUUCUGAUGGAGGAUGGACAGUUGUUUUACCCCGUCGUGGCAGACAAAGAAGUAAAGCUACCAAAGUUGGAGUUUCAGAAGAAAAACAAGAACCAUGGGCUCCAACGGAUUCUCAGACUGAUCCAAGCCGAGAAACAUCAAUGAUGCAGAAGAUGGAAAGAUGUAUAAAUAGGGUUGGGAGCUCCGAGUUCUAUAGUACUAUGAGAUGUCAAAUCCAAACAUCACUUUCUGAUUAUGUCCAUAGGGUGUUAGGCUCAGAGACAAAGAUGGAAAUGGUCAUUUAUGGUAUUGGCAGCAUCGAAUCGUACGAGCCCCCUCGAUUGCAACUUAGCCUUGCAAUAUUGAUGAGAAGAGAUUUCAGUUGGAUCGGAAACAUAGAGGUGUAUGAUCCUGUUCUAUCUCUAUCUGAGUCUCGGGUUAUAGAAUCCCUCGGUUGUUCUGUCAUGUCAGUAAAUGAGCAUGGGAGGCGAGAGGCACAAAAACCGACUAUGUUCUUCAUGCCUCAUUGCGAGGCAGAGUUAUAUAAUAACUUGUUGCAGGCAAAUUGGAAACUGAAUCUAUUAAGAAACAUGGUAUUGUUUGGUAACAGCUUUGAAACAUACAAGGAGCAUGCUUCAUUGUGUAAGAAUUCACGUGUUAACUCAAUGGAGCAUAUUUUGUCUGUUCGUAGGUUCACAACAGAGUUUAGAAUCAAAACAGUUUCAGAUGAUUAUUAUAAUGCAUUUCAUGAUUCUAGUUGGCAUUUUUUUAGCCCUGUCCUGGAGACUGAGCUGCAACUUUCAGAUUCUUGAUGGUGUAUUUUUUUACCACCCGCAAUAGUGAUUAAUUAAGAUGUUGCACUUA